AUGGCUACCCCGGUGUCAACACUCUCACCACAUGAGAGGACAAGGGUGGAGGACUAUCUCAACGAUAAGAUACAAACAUCAGCCGAUUUCGAGAGUCUUGACUCACUACUUUCAACAUUGCGGGCCCAGCAUGAGCUCCAGCGCAAACAGCUAGCUGAAGCACAGGAAGCACUCUCGGCCGCCACCCAGAAUCACAACGACCACGUCGAGACCACCCGCAAACGAGCCGAAGCAUUCAAUGACCAGCAAGCCGACAUUGACCGCCGACUAAAGGCUUUGACGGGGUCCGACGCCAGCGAUGAGGCAGCAAAGCGUUUCGAAACCAGUAUUACGAAGCUCAAACGGCUCGAGUUAUCCAGGGGCUAUGUGACGCUGCUAAGAGAUGCCGAGGAAUUAAGUAAGGAGGCAUUACGGAGUAUACAGGCUGAGCCUCGAUCGGCAAUCGCGUUUUAUUCUCGGUUGCGGAGGAUUGUGGAAUCAUUGAAUGAGGCCCAGCCAGCUGCGGAAGGCGCAAGCCCACAUUUGGUUGAUUAUGUAGGACGAUUGGCAUCUAAGCUCAGAGAACACAUGAAGGAGGAAUUUACGAACAGGUUUCGUUCUACGUUGGAGCAAAUGAAAUGGCCGUCCAAGGACUUGAACUUUCCAGAAACCCUCAAACACCAGUGGGCGGACAACGUUGAACUGCUCCUUGACCUACAGAUUCCAGAGCUUGAGUGCCAUGACUCUACGAACCAGAAAGCUGUUCAACCGCCGGUUUUGUUUCCAUUGGAGGCCAUGGUGCAUCCUCUGGAACUCCGUUUCAAGUAUCAUUUUAGUGGUGACAAGCCGACAAAUAGACUCGACAAGCCUGAGUACUUCCUUGCGCAUACGACGGACCUCAUGAACGACUUUGGCGGCUUUUUCACCUCAUACCUCCAGCCCAUUUUCGACCAAAAAUCCCAGACCGUGGAAGAUCAACUCGCGUGGAACUUCCUCAACGCCUCGGAUGCAUACAUUACCGCUCUGUUGCCCAUGUUGAGGCACAAAAUAACUACCUACCUCCCUCAGAUCUCCACACAUCCUCAGCUACUCAGUCACUUCGUGCACGAAUUGAUGAAUUAUGAUAAUGAUAUUCGCGAAACCUGGAACUACUUGCCUGAUCCUCACUCGAAAGAAGAUUGGAGGGGUCUCACGUGGGAGGUACUAUCCAAGGAAGGAUGGUUCGAACGAUGGUUACAAGUCGAGAAGGACUUUGCACUAGCCCGGUACAAGGAAAUCGUGGAUACACCGGAUAGUGGUCAUAUUGACUACGACGGGGUUGAGCCAACUGCAACUAAGCCUACCAAAGCCGCUAUCCGCGUGAACGACCUGUUGGAGACAAUAACCGAGCGAUAUCAACCCUUGUCUUCUUUCAGUCAGAAGCUACGGUUUCUCAUCGACAUUCAGAUUACACUGUUCGACCAAUUCCACGAACGCCUGCACUCAGCGCUAGAAGCCUAUCUUGCGAUGACCUCAACCAUCGGCCGCACUGUGCAAGGUGCAGACGGACAAGCCAGCGUCGAGGGAAUCGCUGGCCUAGAGCGGCUCUGCAGAGUCUUCGGUAGUGCAGAAUAUCUCGAAAAGAAGAUGGAGGACUGGAGCAAUGAGGUCUUCUUCGUUGAACUCUGGUCCGAACUCCAAGAACGCGUCAAGCAGAACAAAAAGAGCGGGAAAAACUUUGCCGGGUCAAUGUCCGUCGCCGACGUAGCAUCACGCACUUCCCCAGCCGUCAACAACGGCCCGGGGACCAGCUCUCCAGAAGAAACCCCAGAAGGAGCCCUCUUCGACGAGACGGCCUCCGCAUACCACCGCCUCAGACUACGCUCCGAGUCAAUAAUUACCUCAACCAUUACUUCCAAUGUCCGAUCUGCCCUAAAGCCCUACUCUCGCGUGUCCACAUGGUCAACAAUCUCCGGGCACUCCGUCCCCGCCACGGGACCCCUCCCCCCAACCGCAGACCUGGCGCAGACCAUGCGCACCCUAUCCACGACAAUCUCGUUUCUCUCGCGCGCUCUUGGAGUCGCCCCGCUCCGUCGCAUUGUCCGUCAGAUCCUCCUUUCCACGCAGACAUACAUCUGGUCCAAUGUCCUUCUCCGAAACACAUUCUCCGCUUCCGGUGCGGCUCAGUUGGCAAGUGAUAUGGACCACCUCUAUAGCGUCGUCGAUGCAGCUCUCGGCCACGCUGUUCAAGCAGGUGGCUCUAAAGCAAUCCUCCAGAAACUUGAUGAGGGUCUUCUCAUUCUGAACCUGGAUGCUCAAACAACCCAGGGCGAAGGGGAAGAUGGAGCUUCUAUUGGGGUUGCACCUGGGAAGGGGUUGGGACUGUGGGAGGUCGAGAAGAGGCUUUUCAAGGAUAACGAGAGUGCUAGGGAGAUGCUUGCUGAGUUGGGCGUUGAGACGCUCACUGAGUCGGAAGCGCGGAGUGUUCUGGAGAAGCGAGUUGAGAUUGGGAGCUGA